AUGAGCGGGUCUUAUUCAUUACCCUAUAGCAGUGAUCUGGGUGUUUCUCCUCCUCAUGAUUUGCUGAAACCAUUUAAACCCCAGCAGAAACUGUCAUCCUUGGAUACGGGACUUCAUUUUGUCAAUAGACACAAGAAGAUAGUGCUAGCGUUUAUCACUUUAAUCUGUCUAUCAUUGUUCACUGAUAUUCCAUAUGUUCCACACUUUAAAUCCACAUCUCCCAAAGUGGUCAUUAUCCUAGCUGCCAAUGAAGGUGGUGGUGUUUUGAAAUGGAAGUCACCACAAGAGUGGUCGGUGGAAAGAUCAUCAAUUGCUAAUAAGAAGCAUUAUGCCAAGCAGCACGGGUAUGGUCUCACCAUUAAAGAUAUGACCAUCAAGAAGAGAUAUUCACACGAAUGGAGAGAAAGCUGGGAAAAAGUUGACAUCCUCAAACAAACAAUGAGACAAUUUCCACAAACCGAGUGGUUCUGGUGGUUGGACUUGCAUACUUAUAUAAUGGAUCCGCUGAUUUCACUUGAAGAACACUUUUUGAACAAUUUGGAUAAUGCUACGUAUAGAACAUUGGAGCAGUUCAACCCUUUGGGCUUGCCCACUGAUAUUCCUUAUGUCGACUAUAAGCAACCAAUAGACAUGAUUAUUACGCAAGAUUGUGGUGGAUUCAAUCUUGGUUCAUUUUUGGUACGAAGGUCAUCUUGGUCUGAGAUGUUGUUGGAUAUAUGGUGGGAUCCAGCAAUGUAUGAACAAAUGCACAUGCAGUGGGAGCACAAGGAACAGGACGCACUAGAAACAUUGUACUCAACCCAAGCAUGGAUCAGAGAGAGAAUUGGGUUCUUACCAUUACGAAAGAUCAAUGCAUUCCCACCUGGCGCAUGUGCAGAUAAAGCAGAUGACCCGCAAUAUUUUUUCAAGGACCAUGAUUUUGUUAUCAAUAUGGCUGGCUGUGAAUGGGGAAGAGAUUGCUGGGGAGAGAUGGAACACUACAAGGCAUUAUCAAAGAAACUACGUAAAUCAUGGUGGAAAUUUUGGCAGUGA